AUGGAUUCUCAUCACCUCGCUUCAAGAUCAACUAAAAUUUAUGAUUUUGUUAAUUUCCUCACAGAGACCUUAGAAAGAUUUAAAUGCUUGCAUACACGAGAAACUACUGCGUUGCUCUACAAUACAAAAGCCGCAGAAGGCAUACAUUCGCACGAGAGUAAACAACACCAAGACACAACACGAGGAACAACAAGAGAUGAAGUAAAGAAAAGGAAAGAAAGAAGAAAAAAAAUCCAUAAACAGAAAACGAAAGAAUAA